AUGUCUGGCACCACGGCAAAGUUGACCGUCUUGAUCUCUGGAUCGGGAAGCAACCUCCAAGCACUGAUAGAUGCUUGCGCCAACGGAAGUCUCAACGCCGAAAUCAUUCGUGUGGUGUCGAACAAGAAAGCCGCCUAUGGAUUAGAAAGAGCCCAGAAGGCACACAUCCCAACCGCCUACCACAACCUCCUCGAAUACAAGAAGCGCUUCCCGGAUGCGACCGAGUCUAAGAAGUUCGAGCAUGCUAGGAGCGAAUACGACCGUGAUUUGGCUGCUCUAGUGCUCGCCGACAAGCCUGAUCUGGUCGUCUGCGCAGGCUGGAUGCAUAUUCUUGCUCCUACUUUCCUCGAGCCAUUGAAGGNNGGGGCUGGCGUACCUGUCAUCAACCUCCAUCCUGCACUUCCUGGUCAAUUCAACGGCGCGCACGCUAUCGACGAGGCAUAUCGCGCAUUCCAGGAGGGCAAGAUUGAGAAAACUGGCAUCAUGAUUCACUACGUUAUCUUGGAAGUUGACAUGGGAGAGCCAAUUGUGACAAGAGACAUCCCCAUGCGAAAGGGUGAAUCACAGGAUGACCUCGAACAAAGGAUCCACGAGAAUGAAUGGCAGCUGAUCGUGCAAGGCACGCAAAAGGCCAUCGACACGCUUUGGAAGUCGAGGCAAUCAUCAUGA